AUGGAAAUCAAAGAUUUUUAAAGAUACUUCUAAGCAAUUUUUGUUGGUUAUAAUAGAGAGGAAUAUUUAUACAAUUCUAUUACAUAAAUGGCUAAAAGGACUAAAACUAUUUAAUAUGAUAUUGAUAUUCAAAAUGAUGGAGAAUAUUAUUUUACAGUUCAUCAAGAAGCUUUUAGAAUAUAUCAAUUGUAUAAAGAUAUUAAAUAUGAAUAUUCUUAUGUUAGAAUAUUUUUAGCUAAAAACGCAAAUAAAAGAGAACAUUAAUAUAUUGAUUAAAAAUAAUAAAAAGAUAUAGAAGUUCAAUUAGAAAGUUAGUUGAAAAUAGGUAAAUAUUCAGUUUAAAUUAAAAUUAAUUGGGCUGUUCCUACUUUGAAUGAACAUGAAUAUUAAUUUAGUGUCUGAAUUCUUGAGACCAAAAUAAGUACCUAGAGAUGCUGAAUUAAGAAAAAAAGUUAUGUUACAAGUAGCUAGAGAAAACAUAAAUUAAUAAUAAAUAACAACUGGAUUAUUUUGUGAAAACAAUUGUUUCUAAAGGGCAUUAUAUUAUUUAUAUUAAUUUUAGAUUAGGAUAUUUUUAUUGUAAGAAUAAUUCAUAAAAAACCUUUAAGUUAAAGAAUACUCUAAAUAAUAGAUAAGGUGUUAAAUUCUUAAAGCCAGAAAUUGGAGAUAAUUAUUUAAUUGAACUUAACUCUUGGAGAAGAUAAGAUUGUAUUAUGCAGUCUAGAUCCAACUGGUGUUGCAUUUACACCUAAAAAUUAAUUGGUCUAAUGA